UGCUUUGGCGGAACAUUGAAGGAAGCAGCGCAGCAGCAAUGGCUGCGACCUUGUGCAGAGCAUGGUGUUCAUAACAAUUUAAUCAGUGAACCAACUAAAAUGCCCCUAUCUCGACCAUUUGAAGUGACAGUUUGGUAUUUAUAGUGGCUCUUUCAAGAUUAGCAUCAUGAUAUCGUUCAUCAAGGCUGCUGUGGGCGGGUUGACCGGUGUCUGUGGAGCCCCCGGUCACCGGCAAGGUCCUUUGUACAACCAUUUGAAAGUCUUAGCUGCUGGCUUGAAGACGUAUGAAAUCCCUCCAGACUACAGUGAUGUGGUGCUGCCAGUGAAACCCAAAUUAAAGUUUUUGAACAAGGUGCCUAACGUGAUAAAGGCUAGGAAAGAGAUGAAGAAUCUGAAGGAUAUCCAAGGCCCAGCUGUGUCAGCAAAUACCUUCACUACAGGACAGUAUGGUAUUGUGGCCCUGGGAGGGGGCUACCUCCAUUGGGGUCACAUGGAGAUGAUGCGUCUAACUAUCAACCGCAAGAUGGAUUCCCGGACUACAUUUGCCCGCUGGCGCAUCAACGCCCCAUAUAAGCCCAUCACACGUAAAGGUCUGGGUCAGCGCAUGGGUGGGGGCAAAGGAGCCAUCGACCACUAUGUGACACCUGUCCGCUACGGUCGCCUUAUCGUGGAGGUGGGAGGAAAGGUGGAGCUGGGGGAGGUUGAGCAUAUCUUAACUGAAGUGGCAAAGAAGCUACCCUUCCCUGCCAAGGUAAUGAGCAGAGAGAUGCUAGCAGCCUUUCAAAAGAAGCAAGCUGAUAUGGAACAGAACAACCAGAAUCCCUGGACCUUUAAGCAAAUAGCAAGGGGCAACAUGCUGGGUAUCAGGAAAGUUCUCAGCCCUUUUGACCUGAAAAAUGGUGGACGCUUCAUGGGCAAAUUCCACCUCCCGGGAAGGGUGUGACAGACCCAAAGGAUGGAAAUCAGUACAGUGUAAUAUGAUCCCAUCCAGACCACACCUUUGAAGAGGCGACCAACAUUUUGGAAUCCUUUGGCUCCUAGUCAUAUUUUGGAAUCUUCUUACUUUUUUUUUUUUUUAAACACAUAUUAAUGAAUUUUAUGUUGUGUUAAAAUGACUGUUUUCUUUUGCUUCAAAAAACUAAUAAACUAUAUUAUGUAUUUCAAUUUCACAUGGUGACUCAAGUAUUGUGACAAUAUUGAAUUUGAAUGCCUUUGUCUAAUCAGCUGCAAAAAGAUAUGAGAUAAGUGAACACAAAAUUUCGCUAUAUCAAGAGCAACAACAAACUAAUGAAUAAAAAUCACAAAAUAGGUGACUGUGAAGUAUUUUCUAAUAAUUCACCAGUCCAAAAAAAAUAUGUAUUUCUCUAAAUCUGGUUAGAGCAGACUGCCAGUCAAAAUCACCUCAGAAGGUAAUUUCCAUGGCUGGGUUUUGUUUUAUAUAUUACACUUAUGUUGUAUUCAUAAAUUGUAUUAAAAUAAAGACAUCACUUUCUUUCUUA